GCUUCUCUGUAACGACAAGAUCGCCACCAUUAAACCCUUUCUUCUUUUUUCUCUAGAAGACGCAAUAAUCCCUCCCUUCAAGCUAGGAAGAGUAGCCAUGGGGGUUUCACUCCGCCACUUGUCUCCUUCUUCUUUCUGGGUUUCGCGCCGUCCUCGUGUUUCUUCUUCCAUCCUUUCGUUUUUGGUGCCUCGCCGUAGAAUCCUUUGCAGAAAAAUAGCUAUCACAAAGGGAAGUGCCGGAUAUUCUACUGCUACAGGUCCUGGUGAUUCCAACGGGUUUCACCAUUCGGGUCAUCAACGGUCUUCUACUGUUGAUUUUAGUGGAGAGUGGAAACUUAAUAUAGGAUCCAACAUGGCGAGAAUGGUUCCACCAACUGUGAAACAAGCUGGAUCUGUAAGUGCUUGGAGGAAGCAGGAAGUCAAUCUCAUUAGAGAAAGAAAUGGAGAUCAUGCUAAAAACCAGGAUGAUGCUUCUGGUGAUUGCAGUAAUUAUUUCAGAGGUUUUGUCCCCAAAAUAGAUGAUGUUCAAUCUUAUGGAAACUACCAGAACUUAGAUUACAAGCUGAAACCGAAAAGUGAUGCCACCACAUCUGAUAGAGAAUUGAAUGGCUGUAUGCAACAGAAGAGUCUAAGAGGACCUCUCAUAGCAUUAGCAAGCAAGAAUGUUGAUGCUGGGGAAAAAAUAGAUGACAAGGAUGCGCGUGGAAAACAAAGAGCUAUUGUUACUUCUUUUGCCUCUGCAAGCUAUGAGAAUACAGUAACCAUUUCCAAAGCGGAAAAACGCCCUGACCUGUCGGAAGUCCGAGCAAACCUCAGGAAAAUAUAUAAGAGGGUUCGUGUUGUUGAUAAUGUGUCUACUGCAAGGGAAGUUGUGGCUAAGCUCAUAAAUCAAUAUGGAAAUCUUGUCCAUGCUUGCGAUACAGAGGUGUCCAGAAUUGAUGUGAAGAGUGAAACACCUGUGGACCAUGGCGAGCUGAUAUGUUUCAGUAUAUAUUGUGGAUCAGAAGCAGAUUUUGGAGAUGGAAAAUCAUGUAUCUGGGUAGAUGUUCUUGGCGAAAAUGGCAAGGGUGUCUUGGCUGAGUUUAAGCCGUUUUUCGAAGACUCAUCCAUAAAAAAAGUAUGGCAUAACUACAGCUUUGACAGCCACAUUAUAAGUAAUUAUGGAAUCAAGCUUUCUGGAUUCCAUGGUGAUACAAUGCAUAUGGCACGAUUGUGGGAUUCGUCUAGAGGUACAUCAGGUGGUUAUUCGCUCGAAGCACUUACAAGUGACCCACGAGUUCUUGGGGGAACUGAGACAAAGGAGGAAGCAGAAUUAUUUGGUAAAGCAUCAAUGAAGACGAUUUUCGGCAAGGGAAAACUGAAAAAAGAUGGAUCAGAGGGGAAAUUGGUGAUCAUUCCCACUGUUGAAGAGCUACAAAAAGAUGAUCGAGAAGCUUGGAUUUCGUACUCUGCGUUAGAUUCCAUAAGCACGCUGAAGCUUUACGAGAGCAUGAAGAAAGAACUGCAAGGAAAGAAAUGGUUUCUUGAUGGAAAACUAAUUUCAAGAAAGAACAUGUUUGACUUCUACCAAGAAUAUUGGCAACCUUUUGGUGAACUUCUUGCUAAAAUGGAAGCGGAGGGGGUGCUUGUAGAUAGAGAAUAUCUGGCGCAGAUUGAGAUUGUAGCCAAAGAAGAACAAGAAAUUGCUGUUUCUAGGUUUCGAGGUUGGGCCUCGAAGCAUUGUCCUGAUGCAAAGCAUAUGAAUGUUGGCAGUGACGCGCAAUUGCGACAGCUCUUUUUUGGUGGCAUUUCUAACAGUUCCAAUGAUGAGGCUCUUCCAUAUGAAAAACUUUUCAAAGUUCCUAAGGUCAAUGAAGAAGGAAAAAAAACAGCCACAAAGUUCCGGAAGAUCAAACUGAAUAGGAUUAGCGACAAUCCUUUGCCUACUGAAAAGUUCACUGCCUCAGGCUGGCCCUCUGUUAGUGUAGGUACUUUGAAAGCUUUAGCUGGGAAUGUCUCUGCAGCGUAUGACUUUACAGAGGGCGUUUCAAAUAACUCGCUAGAAGAAAAUAUUGGAGAUGAGGAAUUUAUGUUGCUACCAGAUGAAAUUUUAGAAACACAAAACUCAAAUGAGGAAUUUAUGUUGCUACCAGAUGAAAUUUUAGAAACACAAAACUCAAAGACAUCUGUUGAAUCAGACACAUCUGCUUUUGGAACCGCAUUCAAUGCGUUUGGAGGAGGUGAAAGUGGAAAGGAGGCAUGCCAAGCCAUUGCUUCAUUAUGUGAAGUUUGCUCCAUUGAUUCCUUAAUAUCAAAUUUUAUUCUUCCUUUGCAGGGAAGUAAUGUGUCAGGCAAAGAUGGUCGUGUCCACUGCUCCUUGAAUAUUAACACUGAAACUGGGCGCUUGUCAGCUAGAAGGCCAAAUUUGCAGAACCAACCUGCGAUGGAGAAAGAUCGGUACAAGAUCCGUCAGGCUUUCAUAGCGUCACCUGGAAAUUCACUUGUUGUUGCUGAUUAUGGGCAGCUUGAACUUAGGAUUCUGGCACAUCUUGCUCGUUGCAAAAGUAUGAUGGAAGCUUUCGUAGCUGGCGGUGACUUCCACUCUAGAACAGCCAUGAAUAUGUAUCCACAUAUUCGUGAAGCUGUCGAAAAUGGUGAAGUGCUCCUUGAAUGGCAUCCACAACCUGGACAAGAAAAGCCGCCAGUGCCUUUGUUAAAGGACGCCUUUGCUUCUGAGAGAAGAAAAGCUAAGAUGCUCAACUUUUCAAUUGCGUAUGGGAAGACUGCUAUUGGGCUUGCUAAAGACUGGAAGGUUUCUGUAGAAGAAGCUCAAGAAACAGUUAAUCUAUGGUAUAAUGACAGACAAGAAGUCCGGAAAUGGCAAGAACUACGCAAGAAAGAAGCUAUAGAAAAUGGGUAUGUACUCACUUUGUUGGGAAGGGCUCGUAAGUUCUCUGCAUACCGUUCAUGUGGCCAAAAGAACCAUAUCAAACGAGCAGCAAUCAACUCUCCUGUUCAGGGAAGUGCGGCUGAUGUCGCCAUGUGCGCUAUGCUGGAAAUAUCAAGAAAUAAACGUUUAAAGGAGCUUGGCUGGAAGCUGCUUCUACAAAUUCACGAUGAAGUAAUCUUGGAAGGACCAAGUGAGUCAGCUGAGAUCGCCAAGGACAUAGUUGUGGACUGCAUGUGUAAACCCUUCAACGGCAAGAACAUUCUCUCAGUUGAUUUAUCUGUCGAUGCCAAGUGUGCUCAGAACUGGUAUGCUGCCAAAUAAGAGGAAUGGAGGAAACAAUCUUAUUUUGUCUUGACUACUGAAUGCUAACUAUGAGACAGUGCGUGAAGCUUUUUGUUUGGCUUAUGAACUCUGUAAAUAUCUGUUCAUAUAUGAAAAAAAAAGAAGUGACCACUUGU